AUUGAAAUACCGAGUGACGUGGGUUGUUGUCGAAUGGCAGCUGAAAGGAGGUCCCCUCCACAGACCUGAUAGCGAGGAAACCCAUGGGGGGCAGGUAGGGCCAUGGCCUCCGAAGUACAUGAGACUAUAUGGAUGGCAAAGCAGGACAGGCACAAGAACCUGUUUCUGAACUACAGGAACCUCAGCCACUUCCCUCUGGAGCUGCUGAAGGGGGAGGGCCUGCAGCAUCUGGAGAGGCUCUAUAUGAAGAAAAACUCCCUAACCAGCCUGCCAGAAAAUAUAGCCCAGAAGCUACCUAACCUGAUUGAAUUGUACCUUCACUUGAACAACUUUGUCAUUGUGCCAGAAGCUAUAGGCUCGCUAGCUAAACUGCAGUCCCUGGACCUGAGCGACAAUGCCUUGCAGGCAGUCUGCCCUGAGAUUGGCCGGUUGAGCUGCCUGCGACACCUGAGGCUGGCCAGUAAUCGGCUGAAGUUCCUCCCUGCAGAGGUCGGUGAUCUGAAGCACCUGGAGACCUUGGACAUCUCCACUAACCGGCUGACCACCCUGCCUGAGAGACUCCACCAGUGCCUUUCCCUGCAGUGCCUGACGGUCGACCGCAACCACCUGCGCUGCUUCCCCAGGCAGCUCUGCCAGCUGCCCAACCUCACCGACCUCUCCAUGGCAGGGAACAGCCUAGCUUUCCUACCCCUAGAUCUAGGACGCUCCCGGGAGCUGCAGUAUGUUUUUGUGGACAAUAACAUUCACCUGAAGGGCCUGCCGUCCUACCUGUACAACAAGGUCAUCGGCUGCAGUGGGUGUGGCUUGUCCUCACACACCUCAGAUCUGAAGCUGCUCUCCAUAGCCUCAGAAGAGCUGAGCAUUCCCAUCCCGUCUGAGGUGAAGGCUGUGAGCUCAGAGAGGGAGAGGGUGGAGCCUCUGGAGGAGCUGGCAAUGAGGAUCCUCCACAACAUAUACAGUGACCUCGCCAAAGUUCCAGACAUGAAGUACCUGCCCCCGAUCUCGUUACCCAAGAGUUUGUUGGAGCUGCUGCAAUGCCCUCUGGGACACUGCCAUCGCUGCAGCCAGCCCAUGUUUACCAUUGUCUACCCCAAACUCUUCCCCCUAAGAGAGACACCGCUGGUGGGCGUGCACCGCAGCUGCUGUGUUUGGGUUAACAAUGCUAUUGGUACCUCUCUGCUACUCAAGGGAAGCUGGACGAUGGAGCAGCUCAAACUGGUCCCACUUGCCUUGUAUUUUCUCAGAAGCAAAACUGAUUCUCAAGCCAACAUGCCCAACUCUGCCCUCCUUUUUCAGUCUUUUUCAUCACUCUGCUCCAACUGUGACAUGAAGUACACAGAAACGGCUACGUCUCAAGCUGCUUAAUCCACCUCUUUGAGCCUCCAGAGUGCAGCUUUGCUAUUAACAAGUGCUGAGAAGAGGAGCCCUGGCAAAACCAAACUCCCUGUGAACAGAGCUGAUGACUCGGUAACACCCAGCGGCACCAAAAUCAAUCAAAUUGCUAAAUCCUCGCAGGAGAAAAGGAGGCUUUCAUGCAACAGGAUGUUCCUGUUCCUUGUCGGGAUGGUGCGUACUGCAGGAUCUUUUGUUCAUCAUUAGGGUGGACUCUGCAUAAUACAGAACAUGCCUGAACAUGGUUCAAAAUAAAUUAAAAAAAAAUGAAAUAUUCCUAAAACAUGCAUGUGUUGUUAUUUUAUACUUUAGUUGAAAAUAAGAAGGUACAGAAAGACGAAAAAAGUACACCCGCUGUUAGACCAACGAAAGCCCUCUGCUUUCAUGACGGCAGCCUGUAUGGCUUUUAGUUAGGAAUCAUACAUAAUGGAAGUCCAUGGGAUACCCCCAGAGAGGUAGGGGGUGGGGGGUAUCUAUGGAAUGACUCUGAGCUGCAACAUGUUUGGUUUCAUGAGGAAUCCAAUAUGAAGACUCUCUUGAUGCCAGCUCAUUUUUGGUUUAAUGAGGAAUCCAGUAUGAAGACUCUCUUGAUGCCAGCUCAUUUUUGGUUUAAUGAGGAAUCCAGUAUGAAGACUCUCUUGAUGCCAGCUCAUUUUUGGUUUAAUGAGGAAUCCAGUAUGAAGACUCUCUUGAUGCCAGCUCAUUUUUGGUUUCGUGAGGAAUCCAGUAUGAAGAAUCUCUUGAUGCCAGGUCAUUUCUGAUAAUCUGUAAUUUGAUGAGCUGGUAUGGUGAGGCUGUUUAUCUUCUGCAUAAAGCUCAGUGAAUAUUGCCCCAGUGGUGCUCUCAAGAGAACUCUGAAGGGCUGAAGUGAAACACAAACACAAACACCUGCCCUGUUCAGAAUGGUAGAAACAGCUGAAUAAAGAAUGAAAGGUGAUGGCA